CCUAUUAAAGUUUAAAAACACAGGCCUUUCUAAAUCCAGCAUUUAGAGUAGAUUUUAACAAUUGCAUACUCAGCUAGGAGACAUGUAUAAUUAUAUUCAGCACUACAGGAAUCUCCUCCGGCAGCACUGUCAUAUGCCCACAACACUACUACUAAUGUAUACUACUGCUAGUGUAUACUACUGCUAAUGUAUACUACUGCUAAUGUAUACUACUGCUAGUGUAUACUACUGCUAGUGUAUACUACUGCUAAUGUAUACUACUGCUAGUGUAUACUACUGCUAGUGUAUGGCCUAAUACUACUAUGAAUGUAUACUACUGUUAGUGUAUACUACUGCUGCUACUACUAAUGUAUACUACUGCUAGCCUACCACUACUUAUGUAUACUACUACCACCACUACUACUACUACUACUACUACUACUACUACACUACUAAUAAUAACAACAAUAUCGUAAAUUGAGCAAAUUCCAGCCCAGAUAUUUUCUUGUAAAGGUAAAAUACACAUCAUUAUUGAACCUUAAAUGACCAAACAACCUGUACUGUGCUAAGAGGUGUUGGUUAUUAGAUUACUGUUUGGUGUCCUGAACCAAUUGGGGACAAUUAGGGGACAAUUAAGUAUUUAUUUUUUUAACUUGAAUAGAGCCAACCUCAGACCUCCAGGAACCGCAACACGGCACCAACCCCCGUUACCCUGGGGUCUGAACCAGGUCUCUGUUACCCUGGGGUCUGAACCCACAGACAGGUCUCUGUUACCCUGGAGUCUGAACCCACAGACAGGUCUCUGUUACCCUGGGGUCUGAACCCACAGACAGGUCUCUGUUACCCUGGGGUCUGAACCCACAGACAGGUCUCUGUUAGGGUCUGCCCCCACACACAGGUCUCUGUUACCCUGGGGUCUGAACCCACAGACAUGUCUCCGUUACCCUGGGGUCUGAACCCACAGACAGGUCUCUGUUACCCUGGGGUCUGAACCCACAGACAGGUCUCUGUUACCCUGGGGUCUGCCCCCACAGACAGGUCACUGUUACCCUGGUGUCUGGCCCCACAGGUCUUUGUUACCCUGGGUCUGAACCCACAGACAGGUCUCUGUUUCCCUGGGGUCUGCCCCCACAGGUCUCUGUUACCCUGGGGUCUGCCCCCACAAGUCUCUGUUACCCUGGGGUCUGAACCCACAGACAGGUCUCUGUUACCCUGGGGUCUGAACCCACAGACAGGUCUCUGUUACCCUGGUGUCUUCCCCAACAGGUCUCUGUUAUUCUGGUGUCUGCCACCAUAGACAGGUCUCUGUACUGCGGGUGUCAGCUGCGCUCAGCGGCGACUUUCCGUACUGCGGGUGUCUGCCCCCAGCGGCGGGUCUCUGUACUGCGGGUGUCUGCUGCAGCUCUCUCAGGUCUGAGGUGAGAGAUGCUCACAUAUACAACCAUCAUGGCGGACAGUGAGACCCUGGAGUGUGUCACGGAGCACGAACGGAUCCUGCAGGAGAUCGAGAGCACUGACACGGCGUGUGUUGGUCCAACGCUUCGGUCAGUUUAUGAUGACCAGCCCUACGCCCACAAGCGCUUCAUGGAGAAGCUGGAUGCCAGAAUACGAAACCACGACCGUGAGAUCGAGAAGAUGUGCAACUUUCACCAUCAGGGCUUUGUGGACGCUAUAACCGAGCUGCUCAAAGUCCGUGCAGACGCAGAGAAGCUCAUGGGCCAAGUGACGGACACUAAUCGGAGAUUACAGGAGGCUGGAAAAGAGGUGACGGCCCGCACAGAGGAGGUGGUCUGCUGUCGGCUCCAGCAGAGGAACAUGGCCACCACGGUGGAGAGGCUGCAGCUCUGCCUCCCAGUUCUGGAAAUGUACAGUAAACUAAAGGAGCAGCUGCAGACUAAAAGAUACUAUGCUGCAUUAAAGACCAUGGAGCAGCUAGAGAAUGUAUAUAUCCCAAGGGUGGGCCAGUACCGCUUCUGUCAGAUCAUGGCGGAGAACCUGCCCCGGCUCAGAGACCAGAUCAAGGAGAUCUCCAUGUCCGACCUCAAAGACUUCCUGGAGAGUAUCCGGAAACACUCGGACAAGGUUGGGGAGGCGGCCAUGAAGCAGGCCCAGCAGCACAGGACCUUCAACAGUGCGGUGUCCAGGCAGGCGAGUGCGGGCCCCUACAGCAGGCCCCUGUUCACCCUGAACGGGCGGGGCCGGGAGGCGCUCAACGGGCAGGCACUGGACGACAUGGUGGAGGAGGAGGAGGAGGUCCUUACAGCACAGGACCUGGUGGACUUCUCCCCAGUCUACAGGUGUCUGCACAUCUACACCAUCCUGGGCGACCGGGAAACCUUUGAGAACUACUACAGGAAACAGAGGAAAAAACAGGCCAGGCUGGUUCUGCAGCCGCAGGCCAGCAUGCAUGAGACGGUGGAGGGCUACCGGAGAUACUUUAACCAGAUAGUAGGGUUCUUCGUGGUUGAAGACCACAUCCUCCACGCCACACAGGGGCUGGUGACCCGGGCCUUCACAGAGGAGCUGUGGAACAUGGCUCUGUCGAAGAUCAUCGCUGUGCUGCGAACACACUCUUCCUACUGUGACGACCCAGACCUGGUGCUGGAGCUGAAGAACCUCAUCGUGAUCUUUGCAGACACUCUGCAGGGCUACGGCUUCCCUGUGAACCGCCUCUUCGACCUGCUGUUUGAGAUCAGAGACCAGUACAACGAGACCCUGCUGAAGAAGUGGUCCCUGGUGUUCCGAGAGAUCUUCGAGCUGGACAACUACAGCCCCAUCCCCGUGGAGACGGAGGAGGAGUACAAGCUGGUCAUCAGCCGCUUCCCUUUUCACGACGCAGAAAUAGAAAAGCAGGACUUUCCUAAGAAGCUGCCCAUGUCUCAGUCUGUGCCUCAGAUCUACACCCAGGUCAAGGAGUUCAUCUACGCCAGCCUUAAGUUCUCUGAAUCGCUGCAUCGCAGCUCUACGGAGAUAGAUGACAUGCUACGGAAGUCUACCAAUCUGUUGCUGACCAGAACCCUCAGUGGCUGUUUGCAGAACCUCAUUAAGAAACCGCACAUCGGACUGACUGAGCUGGUCCAGAUCAUCAUCAACACCACCCACCUGGAGCAAGCCUGCAGGUACCUGGAGGACUUCAUCACCAACAUCACCACGGUGUCCCCAGAGGCCGUGCACACCACCCGGCUGUACGGCCUGUCCACCUUCAAGGACGCGCGCCACGCCGCCGAGGGGGAGAUCUACACCAAGCUGAACCAGAAGAUCGACGAGUUCAUCCAGCUGGCGGACUACGAGUGGUGCAUGGCCGAGUCCGACGGCCGCGCCUCCGGCUACCUCAUGGACCUCAUCAACUUCCUGCGCUCCACCUUCCAGGUGUUCACCCAUCUGCCGAGUAACAACAAUGACCAUGCGUCUAUGUCGGGUAAGGUGGCCCAGACCGCCUGCAUGUCCGCCUGCAAGCACCUGUCCACCUCCCUGCUGCAGAUGUUGAUGGACAGCGAGCUGAAGCAGAUCAGCAUGGGUGCCGUCCAGCAGUUCAACCUGGACGUCAUCCAGUGUGAACUGUUUGCGAGCUCGGAGCCGGUCCCAGGUUUCCAAGGAGACACUCUCCAACUGGCCUUUAUUGACCUGAGACAGCUCCUGGAUCUGUUCAUGGUGUGGGACUGGUCCACCUACCUGGCGGACUACGGGCAGCCCACCUCCAAGUACCUGAGGGUGAACCCCACCACGGCGCUGGCCCUGCUGGAGAAGAUGAAGGACACCAGUAAGAAGAACAAUAUCUUCUCCCAGUUCAGGAAGAACGACCGGGAUAAGCAGAAGUUGAUCGAGACAGUAGUGAAACAGCUCAGGAGCCUCGUCAAUGGCAUGUCGCUGCACUCCUAGACACACGCACACACACACACACACACGCACACGCACACGCACACUUCUAAAUAUACUGAAGGGCAUGGCAUUCUCAACCAAGGUCUCAGUCAUUGCCAGCAAAGGUUCAGAUCUUUUUUUAUUUGACACAUGGAAGCAAUAGUGUUCAGCCCUGUCCAGACCUGGCUGGGUCCAGAGGUCCCCAGAAGUUCUGGCAUUGAAUUGUGUCUCUUCAUUCAUCUUCAGUGACCAAUUAUGUGCUUGGCUUUGAGCUUCUCAAAGUCUGAAAAUCCAAGCAAGUCGGGUAGAAAGGGCAUCAUGAAUAUGAUCAAUAGAUUGCUGAGCUCCAAAUGACUGGUGGAAUGGUGAUGGGUUUGUAUGCCGGUGGACAGGUGUGUGACCACAGCAGAACAAACAGCAGCUUUGCUAUAAUAUGAAACUAGUUCCACCACCAUCUAGCUUUGGACAGAGGUGGGAACUAUUGACAUAUUAAAGUCAAACUCAGUUUGGAACAAGGCAUAUCUAGGACAUAGGUGCAGAUGACCACGCAAAGGAUGGAUUAUUGGUCAACCGAACUCGAUCUUGCGCUGGUGUGUCUCUGAGCACUUCCAGUUCACCUGACACACAUUUCAAUGCCAGACUAGCCAGAGGCAGAGCUUGGUGGUAGAGACGGGCUAUUCACCUGAAGUGCAAGCUGUUGUCUAGGGCAAGUGGGAUUUUAUUUAUAUUGAGACGCAACUCUUAAUGCCUGUUAACUUAUUCAAUUUGUUCAAUUUGUUCAGUUUGAUAUAUUUAAAAAAAUGCUCCAUCCAUCCCCCACGUGUCCCCGGUCCACAUCUGUUGUUCUGUUGGUUACACUCCUCUGAUGUCACAGAGGUGUGACCUAUUCGUUCUGUGGUGGCCUCUUUCCUAUUCCGCCUCUGGGGGUCCGGUCACAUGGAGACCAAUACACACACACACACAACACACAAAGAGGAAUAUCUAAAACAAAAGCUGCAGACUAACCCAUGAGUCAUGGCAUUUCUGCAUCACUCGCAUACUGCCCCUUCAGUCGAACGCGACUGAAUAUGAAGUUUCAAUGAUAUACACGCAUACAAAGAACGUAUAUUACCUACUGUUAAAACAGAUCACCAGUCAAAUGUUCUGAAUGUAUUUUAACGACUAGGGUGGCUAAACGUGUUGGGCCCAUGUUUCAGUGAAAGUGCAAUGGUUCCAGGAGGUCUAAGUGAGGCUUGGUACAGCCGGCCCAGUCUACCUGAGUUAGGGGUCAGUCUACCUGGGUUAGGGGGUGUUGCACCCUUAACUCUGCCGAAAUACAUAUUAAAACAAGACGCUUCCCAGUAGGAAUAGGAAAAUGGUCAGAUUGUGUUUGAUCAGGAUGGAUACUCAUGAUUUUGUAUGCCAUCCAAGUCUUCACAGAAGCAGCCAUAUUAGACCUGCCUCAUUCUGUAUUUUGGGUUAUUGGUUGCCGCCAUGCAUCGGUGUGCAGUGGAUGAAUGAUGACGUCCCCAAAGACUGAUGUUCACGUGGAACAGCAAGAUGUGUACUCAAAAAUACUUGGUGUUUUUUCUCUCUCUCUCUCUCUCUCUCUCUCUCUCUCUCUCUCUCUCUCUCUCUCUCUCUCUCUCUCUCUCUCUCUCUCUCUCUCUCUCUCUCUCUCUCUCUCUCUCUCUCUCUCUCUCUCUCUCUCUCUCUCUCUCUCUCUCUCUCUGAGCUUCCACUUAAAGUGCAGUGUCAAUCCUGUGUGGUCCUCCAGUACCGCUGCUCGGCAGUCUCUCUGGGGGCUUUGAGGCCUAAAUUAACAUUUUAUUAUUUACUUUUCUGUGAUACAAAGUGAUAUUUAAUAUGAAGCUUUUUCAGCGUUGUUCAUUUUUUUAUCAGAUGAAAACUGGAAAGGAGGGACAGCCGUUGGCCCUGGCUCUGUUCAUAUGAUGAGGUUAAAGCUCAGAGUACCAGACUGAGGUGGGCCGUUGCUCGGACAGGACCAGCAGGGACUUGUGUGUCAGGGCCCACGGGAAUAACAUUCACAUUCUCACAAGAAAAGGUGAAUGAGGAUGAAGGAUCCAGGAUGUAUAGGGAAUCUCCCCUGGUGGGUUGCUCAGGGAAAUAUGAAAGUGAACAUCAAGCAAGCAUUGAACAUGUAGAUCAAGGAACUUUGUGGCAGUGCAGAAGUCAUUUUAAAUGUUUUUGUUUUAUUUCCAGCAUGUCACGCACAUGGAUAUAUAUAUAUAUAUAUAUAUAUAUAUAUAUAUAUAUAUAUAUACAUAAUGUCUGAGAAAGAGAUUUAAAUUAAACAAUGGUGUGUCCCAGCCACAGCACUCCAGAACUCCAAAUUGCUUGUUUGUUCAACUUGUUCAAACCAGACAAACACAGAAGGCCCUCCUGAUAGUCUGCGUCACGGUUCCACAUUUCAACACUAAAAACACAACAUUGUAACCCUACUUAAACCCCUCUACGUAAACCUCUAACACCCAUAAUCCUUUGCACACCAGUGCCCCCACAGGUCGGGGCGACCCAAUCACCUACUGGGGUUACAACAGCGCCCCCACUGGUCUGAGUGACCAAAUUACCUUCAAACAAAAAUCUGUUUUGUUAACUUAUCAUUUGAAAUAUGUUGUUCCCCUCUGGGAAAUGUAAGCUUUAAGGUCUUCUCCUCUACAUAUUCCCGCAGCACAGCAAUAACUUAUUGGUUAGAUUGACCUGCAGGCUAGCAGGUUGUCAUGCUAGCAGGUAACCUUAGCACCUAUGAAUGAUUCCCGAUGGAAAACUACAUGAAAAAUGUGAUUAAGUGAUUGUUUUUAUUAUGUCACAUAACAUAUGUUGACGUUUUAUUGUUUGUUUUGAGGUCUGUGCUUCAGCAGGCAUUUUGCACUGUUUUUUAAUUUAAUUGUUUAUUUUCUGUUGCCUUUCUGUUGCUUGUAAUCACCAUUGUAUAUACUGCAUCAUUCGUACAUUAUUUGCAUUUGAAAUUGAAUGAAUCCUCAGAGUGAAUAUGUUGUAUAAAGUCCUGGUUGAUUGGGAGUUGGUGCUGAGGCAGAGCGGAGUGAUCCCGUGGUGCAUGGUUCAGUGAAGCUGGAGCCAAUAAUGUUUGACAUGAAGUCCUGAAGAACUCAUCUUGACCUGUAAACCAAUUGUCAUCCAAAAUAAACAUUUUAUUGAUGGGUUAUUUGUUGCUUUCUUAUUUGAUGAAAUGUAAAUAAAGGUGGCUCUUUGCCUAAAUGACAGCGAUAGUUCUAAUUUCAACCAGACACAUUUAGGUCAACAUUCAUAGCUCUGUUUCUGUAAAGCUAUGGUGCAACGUCCAGCCUUCAGACACAUGCUUUAUAUGGUCAGUCUGAUGACAUUUUGAGAUGCUCAAUAUUAGACGGAGGGGGGCUGACCUCGAGCUGAACCCCGUGACCCCCUCCCCUAUUUGAGUUAUUGCCUUGGGUCUUCUCAAAAAGGUGGAUUAAACUGACUCACAUCACCGACGUCCUGAAUCGAGGCGCCCUGUAGCUGACUUUUAGUCAGACCAAUCAGAGGCCGAGGCGUCCUGAAACUGACUUCUAGUCGGACCAAUCAGAGGCCGAAACGUCCCGCUGCCUGUAAAGGAUGGUA